CCGAAUCGUGACCAAACCAGGAGUGGUGGGACCGAACCGGGAACGAACCGGGAACGAACCGGGAACGAACCGGGAACGAACAGGGAACGAACCGGGACUGCCGGGACCAAACUGCGGCCGGUGAGACCGAACCGGGACAGAACCGUGGCCGGUGGGACAUAACCGGUACCGAACGGUGCCCGGUGGGACAUAACCGGUACCGAGCCCGGUACCGUCGGGCCCCUCGGGCCCGCAUGGAGCCCGACGCGCUCGUGCAGUGCCCGUACGACCGGAGCCACCAGGUGCGCGUGUCCCGCCUGCCCUAUCACCUGGUGCGCUGCCAGCAGAACAACCCGCAGGUGUCGCGCACCUUGGCCACGUGUCCCUUCAACGCGCGCCACCGCGUCCCGCGCGCGCUCCUGCGCGCCCACGUCACCUCGUGCCCCGACAAACUGCCGCUCGAGCUGCCCCCAGACCCCGAGGACAUGGCCAAGACAGCGCACACCUGGCAGCCCCCCCCGUGCCGGGAGGACUGGGACGCAGAGCUGAGCGAGCUGGAGCUGGAGGAGCCGCCCCCGUUCAUCCUCCAGGUCACCAAGGGUGACCUGCCCGUCCCCUGCCGCAGCCCCGACCCCGCCGCCCCCCCGGAGGGGCUGGCGCUGAGGAAGCCCCGGCCGGCGACAGCGGGACCGCGCUUGGGGACAGCGGGACCGCGCCUGGGGACAGCGGGACCGCGCUUGGGGACAGCCGGGCCCCGCUCGGGGACAGCGCGGCCCCGGCCGGUGACGGCGGGGGGGGCCCGGGGGGUCGCGGGGCCCGGGGGGGCCCCCCCGGCUGUCACAUAUUUCCGGAAAUUAAAACAGAAAUAA